AACAAAAUAUAUAAAAUGUACUUAUCGGAUACGAUUUUAAGGCACUCGAAGGUCAACUUCAUUAGGGUUUUGAGAUUGCAAUGCAGUAAACGAGUGAAAAAAGUCGUGGAAUUCGAAUAUCCGAUAUUUAGUUAUAUCAAAACAAAAUGAAGUAUAAAAAUCAAAAUAAAAGCUGUAAUUCAAAUCAACAAGCAAUAAUCAACGAGAAGAUAUAUAAACUGGGGCUGCUUAGACUACUGAUUGAAAAAUCUGUACCAAGAGUGCACUUUACCUUGAACCAAAUAAGGGAAGAAAAGUUCAUAAUGACGAUAGAUAUGAAGUCGAGGUACGAGCAAAUUCCGACGAAAAGAGAAGGGCAACAAUACACAGAAUUUUUGGACCAAAAUAAUAAAAAGCGUUGUGCUGGCGAAUAAGCAUAUGCUGCGGGUGUGACUGCAGCGAAGUGACACCGUGGGAUUCGGCUAAGCGUUGGGUCGGUAGUCGAGUUUCGGCAGCUGAGCGGAGUCAAUAUUCAAUUCUAAAAUUGUAUUUAAUUAUAGAAAAUAAAACUAACUAAGAAUUCAAGCAAGUCAAAGCGUUUAGUUUUGAUGCGAUCGAAACUUAAAGAAUGCAGGGAGUUAUUCCAGAUAGUAUUAUCAACUGACUUAACUGGCGGCCGAACAGUUGUCUCAUCACGAGAGUAGGCCCACGUUUAAUUUACAACUAUGCCUUUUCAAAACAAAAAAAUUUAAAAGAAAAAGAGGAAAGUGCGUGCUGCCGGUGAUAUGAUAAAACACUGUGAUAUGUGAGAACCACCGAGCGUGAGUGGAAACCUCAACGUCCGGUUAUCUCCCAGAAACGGUAAGAGGAGUGGAAUGCGUCUAAAAAAGCUGCCUGCUGGAUUGUGUAAAAACCCGUAGGCAAUCCCAAAACGAACACCUACAGGCCACCGUAACCAGUGCACGAUUUCCCUCAAGGCAAUCCAAGAACGCAAUCAAUACAAAAUGUGGUACAACAUGAUAGCCUUCGGUAUGGUCUUGCAAACAAAUUUUGGCCCAAAAAACAUUAAACGCCGGCCGCAAAACUUACGACAAAAAAAUACAGUGUCUUGAAUUCACCUUUCCUGAAUAAUAAAACACAUUUGUUUUUAUUCUAUCCCGCUAGAAUGCACAUAUUGUAAGGAGUACCACCUACUUGGCGAUGAACCCUUAAAUUACACUGAAACAAUGAAGAUAACCACGACAAAACAUAACGCACCAAGUACCAACACGGGUGAUUGAAACGUAUCUUUUUCAAUUCCAAAUUAAAGGGGCUAGCUCUUGAGACCCUUACCCAACUCAAUACCACUUUUAGAUAUGGACCGCUCAGGUGGCUAGUAUCAGAGACGAUAAUAGCAAGGUUAGCGAUAGGGUAGUUACCCCGGAAGAGGACUUUGGAGCCAUAGAGGUAAAUAACCACCUUUCGCUGAUUUUAAGGAAUUUAAGGAAUGAAAGACAAGCCGGUGAGGUCGUGCACGCGUUAAUUAAAACUUACAGAGAAAACUAACUUUGGAUGUCUUUAUCCGCGGUGUCAAUGGGGAUUGUCCAAGUGUUAAUUGAUUUGCAAUCAAACAAUUUUUCCGGAGACAUACUCCUGUUGCAUUGAAUUGCAGAAUGUUGUCUCUAGGGUGGGAACUAAUCCUAUUAUAAUUACGAUCCCUCUUUCUUCCCGACCUUACCAAUCUCCAGGUGCUUCCCGAUUUCCAGGCCCAUUCCAAUUGCACGACAGGCAACCAAUGAUCCGGGAUCCUAUAAUCCGGGAUCGGGAGGAGGCUAUUAGAAUGCACCUAGAUCCCAUGCCCCAAGACCUGCCAUAAAAAUGGAGUUGAACCCAUGAGGACAAUCGGUCAGGUUUCAGCGCACACCAAGGGAACGACUCCAGUGCCAAAGACCUUUGGAAGGCUCAAAUGCCUUCUGGAAAGCUGCCUUGCAGAAAAUUGUAAAACCCGUAGUCAUCAAUGGACUUAAAAUCCCUGAAGCAUAUUUGCAGGUUUUUCAAGAGCACUACUUCGAGAAUUUUAAGUUGCCAACGUAACCGUGACUUUACAUUGAUAUUUUCACGUUGGAGGAAAAGGUCUACUUAAGCCGUAUAGAUAAGCAAACAAAAUUUGCCAAGCUUUUUCCCUUAGAAUCCAAGACUUCGGUUCAUUUGACCGGUAGACCCUCUCCACUAUUUUACCGUCCCGAAAAUGGUACUGUCGGACAACGAGGAGGGGCCUUUGGUGCACAACACUCCUGAACUACUUGCGAACGCUAGAAAUAUAAUUAUACCACACUUCAAUCCAGAAACUCGAAGUGAAUGGCCAAGUCAAAAAGUUUCACUCCACCUUUUUGGAAAUCUACAGGUGUUUAAAAUACGACUUAACAACCUUCAAGGAUGCUGUAAUAGUCCAAAUCCAAGUAGACCGAUAUAACACUUCUGUUAAAUUACAAUUUUAUUAAAGAAGGGCAGGAACCUGACACCUAAAAUCCAGGCGAGAAAGUUCACAUAGCUAUUGGCAGAUUAAACCCGAGGAGAAGCCGCGGUUCGGGACCGAAGAGUACUUGGAGAACAACACAUUAACAAUUAAAACAAAGUCCGGAAAAAUGUUAAGGAAGUGAAGCAAGAAAUCAGGGCUCACCCUUUUUACCAUUUUAAAAGAAAAUAGGCGAUACAUUUCACUAGCAAAAGUGCGAAAGUGGAACUGCAAAGGAGAAAUUUCAACACGGACCGGUUUUUGCGGUUUUGUGGGCCUUAGAAUGGGCGUGGCAAAUAAAUUUUCGGCAAAUCAAAAGAAAUUUACAAGGCUAAAACAUUUCUAAAAAGUGUGCGCGUGGAAGCUUUGGAUGGUUUUUAAGAAUUGUUUUUAGCAAAUCUAUAGAAAUUUACAAGACUGACAAAAAAAAAACGCAAACAAUUUUCAAAAGUGUCGGCGUGGCAGUUUUGGGCGGUUUGUGGCCGUGGCAGCAUGGGUCAGCAAACUUCCGCUGCGUCUAUGCCUCUGGAGUCUGCUUGCUGAAUAUCAACUUUCAAGUUUUUAAAUCUCGACGUUCAUAUGGACAGACAGACGGACAUGGCCAGAUCGAGUCAGCUAUUGAUCCUGAUCCAGAAAAUAUAUACUUUAUAUGGUCGGAAACGCUUCACGAGUAACGGGUAUAAAUAUGGAAUAUGAAACUUAACAAGCUUCGUUCUCACUUGCGUAGUGGAAGCCGCCCACAUCUACAAGUACGAAGGACCGAUAGUCCCGCUUCAGAACGGCGAUAUAUGGAGAAUCAAGAGCGUCUUCACGUCGUUGACCUGGGAAACAUAUGGAGGAAAUCGCUGAAGAAGGCGCUACCUUGGCAAGCGGCAACAACCUCAAAGACGCAACUGACUCGAGAGGAAACCUCGCUCGAUAAAUUAAUUCGGAUCUGCAUGGAAAUGGGUAGCUGGGUCUCCCGACGCGAUACUGGCGACACAGGAGGUGGUCUCGAAGAAUAGGGACUAACAACUAAAGAUCAACUCCAGACAGCGCGCUGCAGCGCAAACACCGGACGACAGGACAUCAACUCUGGAGAUCUGCAGCGGAAUGAGUUAACACCGAGGGAUUUGAGUAAGCAUUAAUUAAUUAUAUAAUCAUAAAAAAAUAAAUAAACUGGCUAUAUUAUACAAAGAGUCAAAAACUGAUGGCCACGGAUGAAUAGGGGGACAUCGAUACAAUUAAUCCGAAUCAUCGAACAAGCAAACAUUACAAUGCCCUCUUAUUAACGAACUGCACCAUUUUUAAUGUGAAGAUUCUUUAAGGUAACAGGUCAAUUGAAAAAUUCACCGGCCUAGCAUAGUAAAAAAUAUUUUUUUUAGCAAAAUUGCUUUUUUUAUUCAACAUAGUCUCCUUAAGGGAUACCUCCAAUAUUUCGAUACCAUUUUCGUAGUACAAUUUCUCCUUUGCUUCAAAAUAUACCUCAGUAUCGG